GAAGCCGAUUAAUCGGCAGCCUCUGUCAACAGCUAGUUCUUCACCCCUUACAGAAAUCAUGGCGGAGAAGCACUUCAAGUACGUGAUCCUCGGCGGCGGCGUCGCAGCGGGAUAUGCGGCUAGAGAGUUUGCGAAGCAUGGCCUCAAUCCAGGAGAAUUGGCAAUCAUAUCAAAAGAGGCGGUGGCUCCUUAUGAACGACCAGCACUUAGCAAGGGAUACCUCUUCCCUCAGGGCGCUGCAAGGCUCCCAGGCUUUCAUGUUUGUGUAGGGAGUGGGGGAGAAAGACUACUUCCAGAGUGGUAUUCAGAAAACGGAAUAGAACUGAUUCUCAGCACUGAAAUCGUAAAAGCAGAUUUGGCUUCCAAGACUCUAACCAGUGCAGCUGGUGCAACCUUCACAUAUGAUAUUCUGAUUAUUGCCACUGGUUCUACUGUUAUAAAUCUCUCUGAUUUUGGUACUCCUGGAGCAAAUGCUAACAACAUAUUUUAUCUAAGGGAAAUUGAUGAUGCUGAUAAGCUUGUGGCAGCAAUAGAGACAAAGAAGAAUGGAAAAGUUGUCAUUGUUGGAGGAGGAUACAUUGGUCUUGAACUUAGUGCUGUUAUGAAAAUGAACAACUUCGAUGUCACUAUGGUGUACCCUGAGCCCUGGUGCAUGCCUAGGCUUUUUACUUCAGACAUUGCUGCUUUCUAUGAAGGUUAUUAUGCAAAUAAGGGAGUAAAAAUAGAUAAAGGGACACUUGUUGUUGGAUUUGAUUCUGAUGCCAAUGGAGAUGUAACAUCAGUGAAGUUGAAAGAUGGAAGAGUACUUGAAGCAGACAUUGUAGUAGUUGGUGUUGGUGGUAGACCCCUUACAAAACUGUUCAAAGCCCAAGUCGAAGAGGAGAAAGGUGGAAUCAAGACUGACUGGUUCUUCCAAACAAGUGUUCCUGGGGUGUAUGCUGUGGGUGACGUAGCUACCUUCCCCAUGAAGCUAUACAACGAUAUAAGGAGAGUCGAGCAUGUCGAUCAUGCCAGAAAAUCAGCAGAGCAGGCUGUCAAGGCAAUCAAGGCAAGUGAGGAAGGUAAAGUAAUCGAUGAAUAUGAUUAUCUUCCUUACUUCUAUUCCCGCUCUUUUGAUCUGUCAUGGCAAUUCUAUGGAGACAAUGUGGGAGAAACAGUUAUGUUCGGUGACAACGACCCUGCAUCAGCUAAACCAAAAUUUGGCUCCUACUGGAUCAAAGAUGGAAAGCUGCUGGGGGCUUUCCUGGAAGGUGGAUCACCAGAUGAGACCAAGACAAUAGCCAAGUUAGCAAGGCUGCAGCCCCAAGUCACAGACCUCGAACAACUGGCAAAGGAAGGCCUCUCAUUUGCUUCCAAGAUUUGAGUUGAUAAAAUUGUUCCAUCGGCUUAUAGAUGGUCUUUGUUAACCUCAGAAGGUAACUGAUGUUUCCUUCAUGAGGUUGAAUAUUAAUGAACUCGAUUGGUCUGACGUACUCGAUUGCAUUACAUUUAUGUAUGAAUGUUAUGACCAUGGCAUUAGAUUUUCUUUAUU